AUGAAAUUAUUAUUAUCUUUAAUUUUAGUAAUGACAAUUGCAUUAAAUUGUUGUAAAUCAUUUAGUAUGGGUACAAAUAAAAUUGAUUACUCAAAGAUUGAAAAUCAAUUAGGCCAACAACAAUGUUUUACUUCAAGUGGCCAACUUCCAACAAGUUAUUCAAGUUCAUAUGUAAUGUUAAGUUUUAAUGGAAAUUAUCCAACUCCAAGUGGUAUUCAACAAUCAUCUUUCCUUGAAUCUGGUUUUAUUAAUAUCGAUUUAGUUGGAGAACAAUUUACUCAAUAUGUUAGUGUUAAUGUAAAUGGAACUGAUUAUUGUUUCCAACAACCAUUAUCAUACUCUGCUCCAUCACUUGAAGGAUUAAAGUAUGUCGGUGAUUUCGAAUUAGGUACAGUCCAAUGUGAUAUGUUUUCAGUAAAUCCAGGUGAUUUAGGUAACUCUUCAAAUGUCGGUCUCCUUGUAGAUAAAUCAGAUUGUUCAUUAAUCUCUGGUUCAACUGAAAAUAUUAACAAUACACCAAGUGGAUAUACAUUAACAAACUAUUACUAUUACAAUCCAUCUGCAGAUUCUUCAUACUUCCAAUUACCAAGUAUUUGUUUAAAUCAACCAAAUUCUAAACAAUUAAAAUUAAAAUCAUCAUCGGUCCAAUUACCAAAAGUCCUUGGAAACUUACCAUUUUAA